AUGCCACCCCAAACCCGGGCUCGGCAGAGACUUUUGAUCAGAGGGGGGAAAGUUGUGAAUGAUGACUUGUCUGUGGUGGCUGACGUGUACGUGGAAGAUGGAGUGGUGCAGCAGGUGGGACCAAACCUAAACCUGGAGCCUUCAACUGGACUUGUUGUGCUGGAUGCAACCAACAAGCUGGUGAUCCCUGGGGGCAUUGAUACUCACACACACAUGGAGUUCCCUUUUAUGGGUAGCAGGUCAAAAGAUGACUUCUACACUGGAACCAAGGCAGCUAUAGCAGGAGGAACCACUAUGAUCAUCGACUUUGCCAUCCCUCAGAAAGGUUGUUCUCUUACUGAAGCUUUUGAUACAUGGAAAAGCUGGGCAGACCCUAAAGUCUGCUGUGAUUAUUCAUUGCACGUGGCAGUUACAUGGUGGAGCAACAAGGUGAAGCAAGAAAUGGAAAGUCUUGUUCAAAACGAAGGUGUCAACUCCUUCAAGAUGUUUAUGGCCUAUAAAGAUAUAUACAUGGUCAAUGAUGAGGAGCUGUAUGAAGCCUUUUCCUGCUGUAAGGACCUUGGGGCAGUUGCUCAAGUCCAUGCAGAGAAUGGAGAACUAAUUGCACAGGGUGCAAAGAAGAUGCUGGCAAUGGGAAUAACUGGUCCUGAGGGUCAUGAACUGUGUCGUCCUGAAGAAGUGGAAGCUGAAGCUACACAAAGAGCAAUUACCAUUGCAAAUGCUGUAAAUUGCCCCCUUUAUGUGGUCCACGUAAUGAGUAAAUCUUCAGCAAAGGUGAUAAGUAAUGCAAGAAGAGAAGGAAAGGUGGUUUAUGGGGAGCCUAUUGCUGCAAGUCUUGGCACUGAUGGUACCAACUAUUGGAAUAAAGACUGGGCUCAUGCUGCAGCAUAUGUGAUGGGACCCCCACUGAGACCAGAUCCAUCUACUCCUGGUUUCCUUAUGAACUUACUGGCCAAUGGUGAUCUGUCUGUGACAGGGACUGACAAUUGCACCUUUGACAUAUGCCAGAAAGCUCUGGGCAAAGAUGACUUCACAAAAAUACCUAAUGGAGUGAAUGGCGUGGAGGAUAGGAUGUCAGUCAUAUGGGAAAAGGGCGUUCACAGUGGAAAAAUGGAUGAAAACAGAUUUGUAGCUGUUACCAGCACAAAUGCAGCAAAAAUCUUUAACCUUUACCCAAAGAAGGGCAGAAUUGCUGUGGGCUCUGAUGCUGACAUUGUAAUUUGGGAUCCUAAAGCAACAAGGACAAUAUCUGCAAAGACACAUCACCAGGCAAAUAACUUCAAUAUAUUUGAAGGAAUGGUCUGCCAUGGGGUUCCAGUUGUGACAGUUUCAAGAGGCAAAGUGGUUUAUGAAGGUGGAGUUUUCAAUGUCACAGCAGGAGAAGGCAAAUAUGUCUCCCGUCCACCAUUCCCUCCAUAUGUCUACAAACGAGUCAGGCAGCGGGAACAGGUAUGUCAACCUGUUCCUGUCAAGAGGGCACCAUAUACAGGCACAGUCUCAGGAACAUCCGUCAUGCAAAAAUAACAGGCUUAUUCCCCAGUUGUGGCUCUUGCAGAUAAAAGCAAAUGAAAAUGACCUUGCUGCCCUCACCAGCAGUUCCUUCUGGGCCCAGCAAUCAAUCCACAAUCAGCUUCUCAAGAACC